AUGACUGUCUUGGUCGUUUUGUUGUACAAGUAUCGCUGUUACAAGAUCAUCCACGGUUGGCUACUCAUCACUUCAGUUUUACUUCUCUUCUUUUUCAAUUUCAUCUUCUUCUUGAAUAUCUUAGAGGUAUAUAAUGUAUCUCUGGAUUGGAUUUCAGCAGGGCUUGUUAUGUGGAAUUUUGGCCUAAUUGGAUUAUUAGCUGUCCAUUGGAAGGGUCCAUUGAUGCUUCAGCAAAUAUACUUAAUCAUUAUUUCUGCAUUACUGGCAUUAACAUUCAUCAAAUAUUUACCUGACUGGACAACAUGGUUUGUACUUGGUGCUAUUUCUUUAUGGGAUCUUGUUGCCGUCUUAUGUCCUUUUGGGCCAUUAAGAAUUUUAGUAGAAACAGCUCAAGAAAGAAAUGAGCCAAUCUUUCCCUCCUUAAUUUACUCUUCUACGGUCGCAUGGAUCGUUAACAUGGCUACCGAAGAUGAAACAGAAACAAAUGAUUCUCAAAAUAAUCAAAGCAAUUCAAACACAUCUCGAGGCAAUAGAAAUAGAAGAAAUAUUCAAAUUGCAGCUCCCGAAGCUGAGCCAGAAAAUGCCGAUGAUGUCGACAUAGAAUUUUCAACAUCUCAACCCAAUCGACAUUCUGAAAAUAGAUUAAGGGGUAUCAAUGACGAUGAUAGUGAGGAAAGAGAAGCGACUGAAGAUGAAGAAGAUGAUCAAAGUGGCGUUAAGCUUGGAUUAGGCGACUUUAUCUUUUAUAGCAUAUUAGUCGGUAAAGCUGCUUCUAAUAGGGAUUGGAAUACGACAAUUGCUUGUUUUGUAGCAAUCUUGAUUGGCCUUUGUAUGACAUUACUAUUGUUGGCAAUAUUCAAGAGAGCCUUACCAGCCCUUCCAAUAUCAAUAGCUUUCGGACUUAUUUUCAAUUUUGCAACUAGCGGGCUUAUAGCUCCGUUUUCAGAUAGUCUACAAUCAAAUCAAGUUUAUAUUUGA